CCCGAUCCUUGUUCAUCAAUUCCUUCCAUAUAUGCACCACAAAUGUGCAUAUACAUAUAGGCAUGUCUUCGUGUCUGUGUAGAUUUGUGGGGUACAAUAAAUCCAGGCAGAUUUUGGCGCUACGACAAUUUUGUUUUCGCCUGGGCUCGAGAGAUUCACGGUGUUCAUCGUAGAUUAUCUGGAUUUUAAGGGAUUUUGAUCUGUAUGAAUCGCAUUUCAAUCCGAACGACAGUCGCAAUGCCUUUCUUAGCCGAUAAUCAAUAUGUUAUGAAACGUCGAUAAGGAAGACAAUACAUGUGUUCUGUUUACCUGUUAAGAUAAAGUAAGUAUUGUCCGGGUAGGGGUAUGGAUUCUGCAAAGAGUUGGUUUCAGAAGCGGCAGCUGAAAGAUAAGGUGAGUGGGUCAAGGCAAAAGGAUGUUUCUGCGUGCAGUAAUGGCUCGGUGGAAGAGCUGAAUGUUGAAGCUGACAACGAAGAGUCUAUGUCAAACACAACAAAGCAGAAAGUUGCUGCUGCAAAACAGUACAUUGAAAACCAUUACAAAGAACAAAUGAAGAUUUUGCAGGAGAGGAGAGAAAGACGAAACAUGCUGGAGAAGAAGCUGGCAGACGCUGAUGUCUCUGAGGAAGAUCAAAAUAAUCUUCUCAAGUUUCUAGAGCAAAAAGAGACAGAAUACAUGCGCCUUCAACGUCAUAAGUUGAGUGUUGUGGAUUUUGAUUUGCUUACAAUGAUAGGAAAGGGUGCCUUUGGAGAGGUUAGGGUUUGUAGAGAAAAGGUCACAGGCCAUGUAUACGCCAUGAAAAAGCUCAAGAAAUCAGAGAUGCUCCGUAGAGGCCAGGUUGAACAUGUGAAAGCAGAAAGGAACUUACUGGCAGAGGUGGACAGCAAUUACAUAGUGAAGCUCUACUGUUCGUUUCAAGAUGAUGACCAUCUUUACCUGGUGAUGGAGUACUUGCCUGGCGGGGAUAUGAUGACACUGCUGAUGCGGAAAGACACCUUGACAGAAGAUGAGGCCAGGUUUUAUGUCGCAGAAACUGUUCUGGCAAUUGAGUCUAUCCACAGACACAAUUAUAUCCACAGGGAUAUCAAGCCAGACAACUUGCUGCUGGACAGAUACGGGCAUCUAAGGCUGUCGGAUUUUGGUCUGUGUAAACCAUUGGACUGCAUUGUUAUCCAAGAGAAUGAAUUUUCUGUGACAAAAAAUGUGAAUGGAGCUACAGAGCAGGAAGCCUUCUCAGUUACUCCAAGGCGCUCACAGCAGGACCAGCUAGAACAUUGGCAGAGGAACAGGAGAACACUUGCUUAUUCCACCGUUGGAACACCAGACUACAUUGCUCCAGAAGUCCUAGUGAAGAAAGGAUAUGGAAUGGAGUGCGAUUGGUGGUCUCUUGGUGCUAUCAUGUACGAAAUGCUCAUUGGGUAUCCGCCAUUUUAUUCGGAUGAUCCCAUGUCAACGUGUAGGAAGAUAGUAAACUGGAAAUCUCAUUUGAAGUUUCCUGAGGAGGCAAUAUUGUCGCCAGAUGCAAAAGAUCUUAUCUGCAGACUGUUGUGCAGUGCCAAACGGAGGUUGGGUACCAAUGGUGCUGAUGAAAUAAAGGUCCAUCCAUGGUUUGGAAACGUUGAUUGGGAUAACAUAUUCAACAUGGAGGCUGCUUUUAUUCCAGAGGUCAAUGACGAUUUAGAUACUCAAAAUUUCGAGAAGUUUGAUGAGUCGGAGACACAGGCUCAGACAUCAUCCAAGUCAGGUCCAUGGAGGAAGAUGCUUUCGUCAAAAGAUGUGAACUUCGUAGGCUACACGUACAAGAACUUUGAGAUCGUGAAUGAUUACCAAGUACCUGGAAUGGCCGAGCUAAAGAAGAAGAACAAGUCGAAGCGGCCAUCAGUCAAGUCACUGUUUGAUGAAGGAUCGUCGGAUUUGUCGGAACCGAAUGCGGAGUCAGGGAGACCUCAUGCCCUCGGAAGCUUCCUGAAUCUUCUGCCGCCGGAGUUGGAAGUGAGCCUCAAGCAGAAUGAGUCAGAAUGCUGAGAGACGCUUGCAGAUAAAGAGUUUCUCUCUGUUCCAAAGGAAUUGGACCACCGCCCCUCUAGUCAUUCGCUCUCUUCUUCCUUGAAUAUUGUUGUUUUUGUUUUGCCAAGAAGGAAAUAUCAGGCUAACUAAGACACGUGCAGGGAGAGUUUCUUUCGCUCCAAGGAAAAUUAGACUCUCGAGACUUAUUUUCUGUGAUACAGUUUCUGUGUUUCUUUUUCUCCUUUUAAUCUGAAUGUGGAUAUUAUUCCGACAAA